AACGUCUACAUCGUAGACCUGGACAGACACAUGGACUUUGUCUUUUGGAUUAUCAACAUAUUAUUAGGAAUCUUUCCAUUCUCCACUUGCUGCAUACAUAUGUGCCUUCAAUGGACUUUUAGACAAGACAUAUUACAGAUCAUUUGCAAGGUUGAUGAACUCAAACUGCCAGUUUACAUACACAACAACUUCGGAAUGGAGAUUGCAAGAUGUAGUACUCCUUUUCCGUUUCCUUUAUGCACAGCCGCUUACAAUAAUACGAUUGUUCGACAAAACGUAAACACAAACGAAACAAUAGUGUUUAUAAGAGGAAACAUAGAUCAAAGUAUCAACGGUAACUGGUCAUGUCGUCAUGGGUUUGGGAGAAACAAGUAUAAGGCUUACACUGACAUAAAAGUCCUCAGAUUAAAAGAACAAACUAAAGAAGCGGGAACUGAUGAGUUACGCUGUCUGAAAGAAAUAGCCUUCUAUACCAUGACAGGAAUCGUCAUUUCAGUAGUCAUGUUCGCCAUGUGUUUUUUUUUUAAAUGUAAAUGUAGAUCUACAGAAAAAAAAAGAGACAACUUCCACAAAGUACAUUUAUAUUUGAAAGAGGUAGACACAUGUUUUGAAUCAAAGAGAUGUCGAAAAUAUUCAGUCAUCAAUAUCAAAAUUGUUUUUUACAUUAGCUUCGUACUAUCGGUGCUAGUAUCAGGUGUGUUCAUAGGUGUUUUUGAAAAAGAGUCAUGCCAAGGAUCGUUUGGUUUCACUAUCUUAGGAAUAAUACUGUGCCUAACUCUUUUAAUCCUGUUUCUCAGAAUUAAAGCUGAUUACGACACAGAGGAAAUUGGUGAUGAUGUCCUAGAAGAAAAUAAUCCAAUUAAUGAGGAGUCAAAUGUGUUAGUUGAUGCAGAAGCAAAUUUGUUCGUUACAGCAGAGGCAAGUGGUGAAGUUGGCGACGGAAACAAUAGUGAUAUUGACGAAGGAGCAAAUGGUUGGAAAGAAUAAGCAGCAAUCUAUUCCGACUGAGAGAUUGAUUACUCAAAAGAACUUGCAGUUUCAAUGGAUAAAAACAAAGGGAUAUCCUCUCAGGCAAUCAUUCGUUCGCCUGAUGUCAAAAGGUCAAUUUUUGGAUGGAUUUGAAGAAAACUUAUAGCACCAGUGUCAUUAAUGAUAAUUGUUUUCAUGCAAUGUGUUCAAAAGUCCGUUCAUAGCAUAAUGAUCAAUGUAAAGC